AUGGCGAAUUAUAUUAGAAUUAAAUACCUACGUUUGUGGGAGAAAAUCGUUAUUCCGGUAGUUUUUAUACUAGUUUUAGGACUUAUGUUUGGUAUAGGCUUUGGGUGUCAAGAUAGUCAUAAACAAUCCUUUGUGAUUCUCAAAAACCUUGACACGGAAGGUAUCCAUUACACCAAUGACCUUCCGACAUUUACAGCUGUUGACAAGAAACUGCGAAUUGACCUUCACUUUUCGACUGCCGAGACUGGAAAGACUGCUUUUUUUACCAACUUUAACAUUGUCCUCUAUCGUCAAGGCAAAGACAUUGGACACACCAACAGCACUGUAAUCGUAGAGUGUCAAGACAUGGUAUGUAAUGAUGCGACAAUAGUGAAAGAAGAUGUUAUAUUAGGCCGCGGUCAAAGUAUAGAUCUUACUAUUCCGCCAGUUGUUGGGUUACAAUUAGACACAAUAAAAGUGAUUACAAAUGGUGUAGCGUCGUCAUAUUUACAAAUGACAAUCAUUGCAGUCAACUUUUUACUCAACUUUGUUCUUGGUAUUCUCUUACUUGUGUAUUUAAUGAAAAAGGGACUACUUGCCACAUUCCCCAUCGAAGCUAAAUUAUUCAUUUUGGGAAUUGUGUGUUAUGGAGCGCCUUUAGACAUCUUUUCGUAUAUUGUGGAGACGUGGGUCUUCCCCAUUUUUCAUGGUGUUUUCUUUGUUUUAUUUAUAGCGACGACCGUGUUUUAUAUCAUCAAAAAUAAUAAAACAAUUCAUGAAGGAAAGAUCCCAAUUAUGAAAGGGAUGUUUGAUUAUAUCAUUAUAGGCGGUAUCUCACUCUUCUUUUUAAUAGUAUUUAUACCAGAAAUGCUAACUUAUAUUAUUUACGAGUGGACCCAUCCCGUGUCAGUGGACGACACUUCUAUUCGUGGAGUGUAUAUCACUUUCUGUGUUAUCACUGCUGUUUGUUCAUUCAUUUUGUUGAGUGUAGUUGCACUAAAUAGUGUUUUAACAGCAUUUUUCGCUAAAACACAAGGAAAUUUGAUUCCUUAUUUAGUCGAACAAGGUAUUUUAUUAUUCAUUUUGUUCUACGCAUUUUUGGAAAUUGGAGUCUACCCACAGAGUUUCUUAAUCAAUGGGAUUAUGGUCAAUUCAUUCUUUAAUAUUCCUAUGCAAUUCUUCUUCAUUUUAUACUUCUUCUUGUUCACCCCAACAGACGAGUCAUUUGAGGAAGAACACUACCAUACCUUGCUCUAA